GUUCUGCUAAGUGCAAUACUCAACUCCGAGUUCUUUAGAUAGUUUAUCAAAUUGGACCAAACUAAUGGCUUAAUUUAAAUACGCAGAAAAAGAUAUUUUUAGCAAAAUGCGCAGAUGGUCGAUGUGAUUCCACCAAAAUUCAAGCACGGAAUGGCACCUGGCUGCCCUGCAAUGCGUUAAGGAGAAUGUUGUUUGGCGGUUAAAAUGACUGGUACCAUGUCUAACUAGAAGGCGACGGAUUGAGACGCAAGAGUAGAGGCACUCAUUUCCAACGUGCUUAGAGGGAAAGGAGAGGUCCGCAACUGUUUACCAAGCUCCGAAAUUGUAUAUAUACUGGUCGUGAUGUCCGAUUUGGGGAGCGGAGAUGAAGGCAUCUCAGGAUCAAAAUAUAAUGUCGCAAACAUUGAGGGUUCCUCAAGUAGGAACGAUUUUGAUUCAUCUGUAAAAGGUGGAAGCGGGGUGGAGCAGGAAUUGGCUACCAAAAUGCUUCAAAUACAAUCUAAACGAUUUUAUUUGGAUGUAAAACAAAAUCGGAGAGGUCGUUUUAUAAAAGUUGCAGAGAUUGGUGCCGAUGGCAGACGAAGCCAAAUUUAUUUGGCUCUUUCAACUGCAGCCGAAUUUCGUGAUCAUUUGUCGUCUUUCAGUGAUUACUAUGCUUCGCUAGCUGGUCAAAACACAGGCCCCCCAAACACUGACAAUUUACCAGAGGAUGGUAAAUUGAAAUCUGAGAUGAUGAUAAAAGAUUAUAGAAGAUAUUACUUGGACUUAAAGGAAAAUGCGCGUGGACGAUUUUUACGGGUGUCGCAAACCAUUACAAGAGGUGGGCCUAGAUCUCAAAUCGCUCUACCAGCUCAAGGCAUGAUUGAGUUUCGUGAUGCUCUAACCGAUUUGUUAGAAGAGUUUGGAGCAAACGAUGGAGGCAGGUUUAAAGGAGAAUUGCCUGAAGAGCGGCAUAUGAAGGUGGAUAAUAAAAACUUUUAUUUUGAUAUCGGGCAAAAUAACCGAGGAGUCUACAUGCGGAUAAGCGAAGUUAAGAAUAACUUUCGAACUUCGAUAACUAUCCCGGAGAAAUGUUGGAUUCGUUUUCGAGAUAUAUUUAAUGAUUAUUGCGAGAAAAUGAAAAAAUCGUCCGACUCAAUUACUGCCGAAAUUAAUCUACCGACAUCCUCAAAUAGUCUUAAAUAAAAAAACAUCCCGUGAUUAAUGCAAUCGUAUAAGAAGGCAUACAAAAUUAAUUAAUAUAUGUCGAUUGACCAACACGAAAUGUAAAGCUUGUAAUGUCUGACUUAACUAGCUAAACUCAGAAAUACGCGAAUGAUUAAGCUUGAAUGACACACACAAAUAUAUUUAUUUAGUAGCAUUUAGCAAAAUAUGUGUUAGUAUUAUUUAAUUUUUUAUUAUAAAAUAAUAAAUUAGUUAGAGUUAAAGUAGCGAAAAUUAAAUCUUUAAAUCACACAGACAGAAUCGAAUCAUUAAUUUGUGCUCGGUCUGAAAAUGCACCCUGCGCGCAUUGUCAGUAACUAUAAUGCAAAAAUAAACAAUUUGAUGACCGGUUUUUCCAAUGAUCCAUAUAAUAUCCAUUAAUAAUAGUGAUUUUUGAUUUAUUCGUCCAUUUGUCGGUUAUCGCUAAAGAGUAGAGUUCAAAUCAGAUAGGCGUGCUCCGGAUUUAAGUUUACUUUAACGUUUUUAGCAAAACGUAUCUUUUGGUUGUCCUGGUACUCGUAAAGUAAUCAAACGUAUACAUAUGUACUGAAGUUUUUAAAAGAAAUUUAGCAGUGGCAGCUUUUUGAACCUAAAAACAUUUGCUGUUGUCGGGAAUUUUGUAUGAAUUUUUAGAAGAAGGUACAUAAUGAUUUUUUGCCUAAACUAAUAGGUCCCAACCUGCAAACCUUUUUUUCAACACCAACAAAACUCUGCCCUACACUUUCUGAUCGGGAUAUUAUAGCAGACAUUGAUUCUAUUUAUUAUAGCACGUAUUCAGACAUCUAUUUCCUGAUGAUAGCAAAUAUAUCAGUUUAUUCAGACUAGUAUUUAUUUAAUGUACCCCUCCAGAAGGUAAUUUAGUUUCGGCCAGCAGUUUGUAACGCAGUGAAGAAGACGUAUUUGACCCUAAAAAGUUCUUGAAAAGCUACACUACACGAGUUGAUAUGGCCAUGUCUUUCUGUUUCAAUUCAGUUUGCUCAUAAAAUAUGUGUACGCAGGUCAAGUUUAAACCGACCCGAUCGGACGUCUAUAACCUACGGGUCCCAAGGAAACUAUCGGAUAAAUCUUUUAUAACUAAUCAGUAAUUAAAUAAUAUGAAACUUUCCCAUAGGGUGAACGGGGUCAAAAUUUAAUGAUUUAUUUUUUAAAUUUCACUCACAUUUUAAGUCGUGAAAUCUGCAAGGGUGCCAAACUUGGGCUUGCCGAAAAUAGCUUCCGUUAUUGUCGUUAUUAUUUGGUAUUAUUCUUUGGCUUUUUUUGUAAAAUUUGUAAGCUAAGUAUUGGUUUAUUUGUUUUCAUAAAUUGCUGAUUUUUAUACAUUUUGUGGGCAAGAGUAAGAAAAGUAUUAUUAAUGAUGUUUAUAAAUAAAAACGCUGUGGAUCUUUGAAAUCAAGAGUCACAUAUAAUUGUAAUUCUCGGAUCCGAUCUGAGAUCCGAUUUUAUAUGUGGAUGAAGGUACAUAUAAUAGGUUUUUAACUUUGCGAAACGUUGAAUCAAGUAUCGGCUAAGCUAAAGAGAAAACCGGAGAACGCCUAAAAAUAUUAUUCUUAUUUAAUCAAUGUUAAAUCCACAUACAAGAAGUGUAAUAAAAGUAAAGGGCAAUUAUUUGAAUUCCUGUAUGUAACAAUAUAUGUAAUAAGACAAUUGGCUUUUUUAUUUUGUUUUUUUACAUUCUUCGACAAUUUUUUUUAUUCUGAUCUAGCCAUUUCCGUCUGUCCAUCUAUAUGAAAACUAGUACUUUGCUGACUUUAAGACGCUGAUCGAAAUCGAAUUACAAUUUAAUAGAGAGCCUUAAUGCAAAGAAAAAUUACUGCCCGAAAAAUAUUAGAACCUAAUUGCAAAACAUUCUAGAGAUCGGUAGUUGAUUCGAUGGUGACAACGUAAAUGGAAUAAAGUUUCUCUAUACUUUAAAAAGGGUAUGGAGUUCCGCGCAUCUCAUAGUCGGAUCCUCGACUAUUGCGUCGUAUGUUUUUUAUUAAUUAGUAUCGAUUCUGUUGUGAGUUGAGGUAAUGGAUAAUUCGUGCCACUUAGAAUAACUAUUCUCAUGAGAUGUAUUUAAAAAAUUAAUGGGUUCUACCACAAUUUAAGUCAGGUUUUUUGUAAUUUGGAAACAUUCUUAACAAGUUUGCAAAAUUGUUAAAGAUUCUAGUAAUAAUAUGAUAAAUAUUAUAAUACAGUUAAAAUAACUCCUAAACGCGUUUUUAAAACAAAAGUUUCAAUGUGAUCACGUAGAAUAAAAAAAGUUACUAAGUACGAUGAACAUGCAUAGCAAAAUUAAUACAUAAAUCGAAGUCAACAAAUUGAAAUUUCCCAGAGGAAUAUCGUGUACAGAUUGUGUGUGCUAAGUAACAAAUUAGUGCUAUUAAUUAUUUAGUAUUUAAAGUUGUCAGUUUUCGAUUUCAAUGAGAGUUCAUUGAAUUGUUAUGGAAAAUAUGUAAAUUUGCUUUCGUCAUUAUAUUCAUAUUUAUAAAAACGAGAGCCAGUUUGCUAGAUGAAUCAAAAAACCAAAUAAUUUAAUUUAAUUUAAUUGAUUGUAAUACUAUUGAAACUAAAACAUCCGAUAAAGUCCUACAAAUUCCCCUACUAGAGUCGAUGUUAAUCUGACUAUAAACUUAAAAUCUUUGUAAUUAUCGGGCAAUUGUAAAAGGCAAUAUGUUACAGAGGAUCCAACAAAUUAGUAAAAUAUUAAAAGUGGAUUUAUCUUAAAUGUUGUUUGGCAAGAAUGCAUAAUGUGUAUUUUAAGAGUUUUGUGAAUAUAAUAUGAAAAUAAAGUUGAAUUUAAACAAA